GAUUAUGCGACUGCGACACCCAUACAUUGCUUCAUGCAAAACUCGCCAACAAGUGGCCUGGCACAGCACCAAAGCUUUCGCACGGGCGCUGGGCCCGUCGCGCUCGCUUAGGACUGCUGCAAUGUCUUCAGCAGCUAAUAUGACGGCGCAGGCGGAGGCGCGAACACUGGAGACCCUAAACUUUGACAACUUGAGCCUCCGUGCCUUGCCGGUCGACCCGGUGGAGGGCGGCCCGGUCCGUCAGGUGGAGGGCGCCUGCUUCAGUCGCGUCAAGCCCACGCCUGUGAAGGGGCCGCAGCUGGUGGUGGCGUCACCGGAGGCGCUGGCGCUGCUGGACAUUCCCGCGUCCGAGACCUCCCGGCCCGACUUUGCCGAGUACUUCUCCGGCAACAAGCUGCUGCCGGGCGCCGACCCCGCCGCGCACUGCUACUGCGGCCACCAGUUCGGCUACUUCUCGGGGCAGCUGGGCGACGGCGCCACCAUGUACCUGGGCGAGGUGGUCAACGGGCGCGGCGAGCGGUGGGAGCUGCAGUUCAAGGGCGCCGGCAAGACGCCCUACAGCCGACAGGCUGACGGGCGCAAGGUGCUGCGCUCCUCCCUGCGCGAGUUCCUGUGCAGCGAAGCCAUGUACAACCUGGGCAUCCCCACCACGCGCGCGGGCACGUGUGUGACCUCCGACAGCAAGGUGGUCCGCGACAUCAAGUACGACGGCAACGCCAUUCUGGAGCGAGCCACGACCAUCACACGCAUCGCGCCCACCUUCCUGCGCUUCGGCUCCUUCGAGAUCUUCAAACCCACUGACAACUUUACGGGCCGGCGCGGCCCCUCCGCCGGACACGAGGCGGCGAUUCUGCCGGUGAUGCUGCACCACGCCAUCCGCACCUACUACCCGGCCAUAUGGGCCGCACACGACGGCGACCGCAUAGCGGCGGGCGUGGGCGUGGGCCCGGACGGCGCCGGCGAGCCCUGGCCGCCUCGGUCGGGCGGGCCGGAGCGGGAGGCGGCGCUUCAGGCCAUGUACCUGGACUGGAUCAAGGAGGUGACGCGGCGCACUGCGUCGCUGGUGGCGGCGUGGCAGUGUGUGGGCUGGUGCCACGGCGUCCUCAACACAGACAACAUGAGCAUCGUGGGAGUCACCAUCGACUACGGCCCAUUCGGCUUCCUGGACCGCUAUGACCCGGACUUCAUCUGCAACGGCUCAGAUGACAGCGGCCGAUACGAUUACAAGAGCCAGCCCGACAUUUGCAGGUGGAACUGCGAGCGGCUGGCGGAGGCGGUGCGGGCGGUGCUGCCGGAGGGCCGCGGCAAGCGGGCGGUGGCCGAGGUGUUCGACGCCGUGUACCGCAAGACGUACGUGUCCCUCAUGCGGCGCAAGCUGGGGCUGCUGGGCGCGGGCGCGGCCACAGACGCCGAGGAGGCGGAGGAGGCGGAGGCCGGGGCCGAGGGCGGCGCGGCGGCGGCGCUGUCCGAGGCGGCGGUUGAGGAUGAGGGGCUGGCGGCGGCGCUGCUAUCGGUCAUGGAGGCCACAGGGGCCGACUUCACAAACACCUUCCGCUGCCUGAGCCGCUUCCCCACCCCGGCCCCCGGCAUCGACCCCGCCUCGACCGCCGCUGUGGAGGCCGGCGGUGUGCUGGACUACCUGCUCACACAGUGCUGCGACGCCGGCACGUUGGUUGCGGCCGCGGCUCCGCGCGUCCCGCCCCAGAACCUGCAGAUGCUCGUGAUGCUGAGUCAGAAGAACCCGGAGCUGCUGCACCAGAUGGGGGUCAGUCAGCAGAUGCUGACGACGGAGAUGGCGCGGCUGCGGCACUCGCAGGAGCUGGCCAAGGUCACGGACGCGGACAAGCGGGCUGCUGACGCGGCCAAGUGGCGCUCCUGGCUGGCGCAGUACGGCGCCGUGCUGCAGCGGCGGGCGGCGGCGGGCGCGGACGACAGCCGCCGGGUGGCCGUCAUGAACGCAACCAACCCGCGCUUCAUCCUGCGCAACUGGAUCGCGCAGCAGGCCAUCCAGCGGGCCGAGCAGGGCGACUUCAGCGAGGUGGCCAGGGUGUUCGCGCUGCUGCGCAACCCCUUCAGCGAGGCCCCGGUGACCGACAUCAUCGCCGCCGCCGGCACCACCAGCACUCGCGGCGGCGCCGUCACGGACGAGGCUGCUGCUGCCUCCGGCUCCGGCACCGGCGCCGCCGUGCUGGCCGCCGAGCCCGCAGGGCCCAGCGGCAGCGGUGCCAGCAGCAGUGGCGGCGCCGCUUCCAAGAGCGGCGUCUCCUGCGCACUGCCUGUGUAUGACGGCCUGCCGCCGACGUGGGCGGCGGAGCUGUGCGUCACAUGAUCUUCGUAAACCGCCACAUCGGGCGGGCCGCCGGCGAAGGAAAGGGGAGAAAGCCGGCGGUCUGUUGUGAUGUGGUGGCGGCGGCGACAACGACCAGGAGGGGGAGGUGGGCGAGGAGAGGUGGAGGGAGGUUGGACUGGAGGAGGUGUGAGAGUUAAGGGUGCCCAAGUGGGCACACCUACUGCGUGGGGGUCUGGGCUGUAGGCCUCAGUGGCUGCCAGCGCCGGCUUGUGCUCUAGGCGCGUUGACGUGACGCAGGUGAUUGUGUGUGUGCAUGUGCAUUUGCGUGGUGCCUGCGGUCGUGCAGCGGCACCUGCAGCACCAGCUGCACAUCACACGGCGUCACCGCGCGCCAGGCACAGCACGGCGCGCACGCAAACGCACUGCGCAAGGAAACAUACACUCAUCAUUCUUUCGAUGAGCGUGCGAAUAUGCCGAUUAUUUCCUUGAGGUCGAGAGUGAUGCGAUUCGCCGCAAGCCCGCAAUCCAACUCCUUGCGAUAGUCACAAGCGGCUGUGCGGCACGUUGCAUGUGGGGCUCUUCCAAAGGCCUGCAUGCACUGCUGCUUGCGCCGUGGUGGGUGCUGCCGCAAGGGGGCGGGACGGGGGAUCGCUGAUGAGGGCUGCCUGUCGCUGCGGAGGAGUGGAUAAUGUGUAUGCGGCGGCAGCGAGCCCGGCCAAGGAAGGGCACCGCGCGAUGGGGUGGUGUGUUGCGUGUACACGUGUUGUAAGGACGUGUGUGGUGGUGUGUUGGGGUGCGUGCAGGCAGAGGCACCCACGGAUAGAAGUUUGCAGGCAGGGUGCGUGUGUGUGAUAGGACAUGGUAAAGGAAGCAAGUGGCUGAUUUAGUUGAGUCCCGAGGAACAAAUUGCACCCAGCCCAGGCAUCGACGAUUGUGGAAAGACGUCGCCUGCGGCGGAGACUGCCCGGCCCUCCCAGUAUUAUUAGUACUGCGUUACCGUGACCCAGAGCUGCUGCGUAGUGCUGAUCGUGAAACUGAGCGCUCGAGGCUGGGGCACACUGAGCUGGUGGCGAGGGUGCGUGUAUGUGUCGCAUGAGAGUGCCGGCGCGGUGCGCUGCUUCUGUUUACAAUAUUGUGAAACAGGUUUGUGAUGUUGAUUGCAAAAGGGCGAUGUAGCUGAAGUGGGCCUGGCCGAGGCAGGAUGGUUUGAUUUUCGGCAGUCGCGCACUGAUUGCGCAGGUGGCGGAUGGAGCGGAACUGGGCACGAGCCUGCCAGGCAUAGUGUGUGACUAGUCAGCCCAGCCGCCAGCAUGGCGUGCCAACACGUUCUCGCCGCGUAUCGCCGUCGGCCGGAAGGCGCUGGUGCCUGGGUCGUAUAGCACCAGCUUGCGCAGAUUUUUGAAUGCAUACGCCGGCAUCGGCCGGCAUGUGAGGCGGACGUUCAACAAUGUGGUAUGCCCAUGCCAGACACCUUGUUUAACGCGGUCGAAGG